CACUUCCGGCUACAAGCCUCACAGCAGCAGUGGGAAAGCAGCAUGGCUUACAUUGCGAAGAUUGGUCCGUCUAUCCUGAGCAGCGACCUGUCCCGUCUGGGCAGCGAGUGUGUCCGGAUGAUGGGGUGUGGGGCGGACUAUCUGCACCUGGACGUCAUGGACGGACAUUUUGUCCCCAACAUCACAUUUGGUCAUCCCAUGGUGGAGUGCCUGAGGAAGACAAUAGGCUUAGAACCGUUUUUUGACAUGCACAUGAUGGUGUCCAGACCAGAGCAGUGGGUGAAGCCCAUGGCUGCAGCAGGAGCUAACCAGUACACCUUCCACUUGGAGGCCACAACAAACCCUGGAAACCUCAUAAAAGAGAUAAAAGAGAGUGGCAUGAAGGUGGGUUUGGCUAUAAAGCCUGGUACCACAGUUGAAGAACUGGCACCAUGGGCCAACCAGAUCGACAUGGCUCUGGUCAUGACCGUUGAACCUGGUUUUGGAGGACAAAAGUUCUUGGAGGACAUGAUGCCCAAGGUGAGCUGGCUGCGGAGUCAGUUCCCUUCAUUAGACAUUGAAGUAGACGGAGGGGUCGGCCCUGACACUAUUCACAAGUGUGCUGAGGCAGGAGCCAACAUGAUCGUGUCGGGCAGCGCUGUGAUAGGCAGCGACGACCCUCGUUCUGUCAUCGCRCUACUUCGCACAGUCGUGUCCGAAGCCAUUCAGAAACGCUCACUGGACCGCUGACAUGUUCCUCUCUACAGUGACAUUCCACCCGCCCCCCCACAGCUGUACUCCACAGCAGCCGGUGGAAACGACUUCCUGUGGAUAUUUCUGGGGUAGAAAGUGGUCACGGUCAGAUCGAGGGGAGUUCGUUAUUAACAGACUGAUCAGUGUGACGUGAUUGAAGCUGUUUCAUGGCUGUUAAAUUUGGUCCUCUCCUGCCACAGUCUCUUUUUUUAUGAAGUCUGUUGAAAUUGAGUCUUA